UCCAUGGCGAUGAUCAGGCCUCUGCUUCUCACUCUUGCCCUCCUGGCCGUCCUCGCAGCUAGCUCUGCAGCAGUGGCUCAGCUGGAGAUCGGCUUCUACAGAAAGACAUGCCCGAAUGCCGAAGAGAUCGUCCGCGAGGAGAUGGUCAAGAUCAUCGCCGCCGCGCCCAGCCUCGCCGGCCCGCUCCUCCGGCUCCAUUUCCACGACUGCUUUGUCAGGGGUUGUGAUGCCUCCGUCCUGCUCGACUCCACGACGAACAAUGUAGCGGAGAAGGACGCCAAGCCGAACAAGAGCCUCCGAGGGUUCGGCUCCGUGGAGCGCGUGAAGGCCAAGCUCGAGGCCGCCUGCCCGGGCAUCGUCUCCUGCGCCGACGUACUCACCCUCAUGUCCCGAGACGCCGUGGUGCUGGCCAAGGGCCCCACCUGGCCGGUGGCGCUGGGCAGGCGAGACGGCAGGUCGUCCAGAGCCACGGAAGCCAGCCACGAGCUUCCCCCGGCCUCCGGCGACGUACCUCUGCUCGCCAGGAUCUUCGCAUCCAAGGGGCUCGACCUCAAGGACCUCGUCGUCCUCUCCGGCGCACACACCCUCGGCACGGCGCACUGCCCGUCCUACGCCGACCGACUCUACAACGCCACCGGCGAGGACGGGGCGUACGGCCUCGUCGACCAGUCCCUGGAUAGCGAGUACGCGGACAAGCUGAGGCUCAAGUGCAAGAGCCUCGACGACCAGAGCAUGCUGUCGGAGAUGGACCCCGGGAGCUACAAGACCUUCGACAGCAGCUACUACGGCCACGUCGCAAAGCGGAGGGGCCUCUUCCGCUCCGACGCUGCACUCCUCGCCGACGCGACCACCAGGGACUACGUCCAGCGCGUCGCCACGGGGAAGUUCGAUGCUGAGUUCUUCAGGGACUUCAGCGAGUCCAUGAUCAAGAUGGGUAACGUCGGCGUGCUCACUGGUGCCGAGGGAGAGAUCAGGAAGAAGUGCUACGUCCUCAACUAG